ACCCAUCCACACAAUUUCCGAGCAGAUUUCAUUUUCGCUUGGCCAACUGCAAUGCAAUUUAAAUGCCGUACUGUUGGGCCCAAUAAGCAACCAUCCUCAGUGACCAUAAAAAGGAGCACAAAUCGUCCAGCUUCCAGUACACCAUUAGCAUUUGCCUUCCUGCUCUAUCUUGUGGAGGUUUGACCUGCUGUAAACGAAGACAGAUGGAGCCCAUGAACCGGGGAGAAGGGGACACGAGCUAUGCCCACAACUCUGAAACACCCAAACUCGUAUAAUAACUGCCAGAAUACGGAUUUGAGCUCUACCAGGUCUUGUGGAGGUUCGCCCUGCUGUAAGCCAAGACAGAUGGAGCCCAUGAACCAAGGAGAAGGGGACACGAGCUAUGCCCGCAACUCUAGUAUUCAGAAUGCUGAGCAGAACAGGAUGAAACCCAUGAUAGAAGCGGCCAUUAUUGACUUAUGCAGCAGUACCAGCACCUCGUUUCCCAGAAAUAUGGUAAUCGCAGACUUGGGUUGCUCCUCUGGCCCAAACGCGCUAGUGUUGGUAUCGACUGCCAUCGAGGCCAUCCAAAGUUAUUGCGUUCAAUUCCAAAGGCAACAACCUGAAGUGUGUAUUUUCCUCAAUGACCUUCCUAACAACGACUUCAACAUGGUGGUAAAGAGUUUGGCCAUGCUCCGGAAAAGUAAUGAGCCUAUUGUGGUGGCUAGUGUCACGCCAGGGUCAUUUUACGAGAGACUCUUCUCUACUGGCUCAUUGCAUCUUGUUUGCUCGUCCAGCAGCCUGCAUUGGCUCUCAAAGGCUCCAGAAGUACUAACGAGGAACCAUAUCCCAGCGUACAACAUUGACGAGCAUGCCAGGCGUGAAAUGCUUCCUAUGAUCCAUGAGGCUUAUGCACAACAAUUUAAGAAUGAUUUCACACAUUUCCUAAAGCUAAGAGCAAAAGAAUUCCUCCCAGGAGGCCGGAUGGUUAUUUCUAUUACUGGAAGGCAUUCUGAUGGAAUUGACUCCAAACUAUUUCACAUAUGGGAACCCAUAGGUCAUAUUCUAAGUGUUAUGGCCCUAGAGGGUGUGAUCAACAAAGCUAAGUAUGAUUCCUUCUACAUUCCGAUGUAUGGACCUUCUAAUGAAGAGCUUAGGGGGAUCAUCCAAGAAGAGGGCUCCUUUUCGAUCAAGGAGAUGGUAGUGCGCGACUUAACAAGUGAUGCGGAUUUUGCGCUCUUCACUCCAUAUAGGUACAUGUCCCAGAUGCGAGCGGUGUUUGAGCCAGUGAUUGUGAAACAUUUUGGAGAAGUGAUGGAAGAAUUCAUGAGGACCGCAGAGAGGCGAUGGAGCCUCGAUGGAAUCUUGAGAGAUCAACUUGAUAGGCUAGUAUGGCUAUCUGUAUCGCUCACCAAGGCAUGAUCAAGUAAUUAGCUACUUUGUCACGUAUGGCUGCUGCUUUCCACAAUUGAUGAAAUUUGAACCAUUUCUUCUUUAUGGCAACAAGUAAUGUAGGUGUACUGUAUUAUGUAACCUGCAGCUCUCAUGUGUAACUGAAUGUUUUCAUGGAAGCACAAGAAAUUUAUACUAGAUGAGACCCUGCUCGAUGCAGAGGGAUUUUUGUUUUUUAAA